CGUCUCGCGACGUUUCGUGACGUUUCGCUAGCUAACAGUAAGCUAGCUAGCUUACAACGCCAUAAUACAAUGUAAGUCUACGAUUUCUGGGUUUUAAUGAAUUAUUUAUCGUCUCCGAAUGACCAUUGUUUGGUGCGUGUUCUGUUUAUGCGGGUGUAUUGUUAAAUUCGGCUUAGGUGUCAUUGAUACUUGUUAGUUAAUGCUUUUGUGCGUUAUGUUUUACUUGGAGAGGAUAACGCCCACACUGUGUUUGGAUUCUCUGGUGCCCAUACGUGCUUACAUGUUUGUUUAAUCUUUCAACAUCUGAAUUUGAUUGUCGUUUCCGAACAACUGUAGUAAACUUGGUAAUAAUGACACAAUGGGUGGCGCUUCCUUCCUCCUUCUGAGCAGUCUGAGCCUUGCUGUGACUGUUCAAGCUCAAGGAUGUACCACACCUGUGGGAAGAAGCAACAUGAAUUUGAAGGAUGAAUACAUCAGUUUAAAGGAAUUUCCGGAUGGAAUCACUGUUGCUUUUGCUUGCAAUGUUGGCUAUGAGAACAGAGGAGGGUCUGGAAAGAUUACUUGUGCUAAUGGCGUUUGGAGCCCCUUGAUCCUGAACUGCCAGAGAAAAAGCUGUGGCUCUGCUGGAGAACUAGAAAAUGGAGUCAUUCAUUACGAUGAAGGGGUUGAGUUUGGUGAUAAAGCUACUGUGACUUGUAACCAGGGUUAUGACUUGGUUGGAGACAGAGAACUGUUUUGCGGAGACCAAGGAUGGUUGAACAGGUUGCCUGUAUGUGAAGUGAUAAAAUGCAAUCCACCAUCUGAGAUUUUAAAUGGGGAUUUCAGUCCAGUCAAGGAAUCCUAUGCUUAUAAUGAAAUUAUAAAGUACACUUGUACAGGGGAUAACACACUCAAUGGAUCAAAUGUGUUAUCAUGUUCAGAUGGUGGAAAAUUCAAGCCUGAUCCGCCAAUAUGUACCCGUGUUGAAUGCCCAGAACCUGAUAUAAAGUAUGCUAUAUGGAAGGAUGGUUCCCGACCUCCGUAUAGAUACAAGUCCACUGUGACAUACGAAUGCCAAAAAGGAUUCAGUUUGAAAGGAGUUGCUACCAUGACAUGUGACAUAAAUAGUCAGUGGUCACCUGGUCUUCCAACAUGUACACCCGUUGAAGUGACAACUAAAGCCACGACUACCACAACUACCACUACUACCACUACUACGGCGCCGAUGGAUAAAACACCAGAUACUUAUACCCCAAGUGAUGCCCCUGACAGUGGUGGAGACAAUUCAGCUUGGGGGUACGCUUUUCUUGGGGUUGGAGUAGCAGUUGUGGCCUUCAUCAUUGGCAAAAUUGUCCAUUCCCAAAUGAAAAAACGCGAACGGAUAUCCCACGAUGACGAAAAGACUACAAAUAAUGGAGACGAAGAACUUCGUGCCAUGAAUGAUCCUACUAGUUUGGAGGAUGAGGACACCGAGCAGAAGAACAGCAUACCAUGACAUAUUCCUGCCACGUGUUUCUGGACAACACUGGCUAAUACCUUUGCUACAGGUCUUGAACUGUCGUUUGAUGUUCAGCAA